CUGAAUCAUAUCAAUGGCGUGUCAAAUAAAAAAGAGUUUUUCUUUAGUGAAGUAACUAAACAACAACAACAACAACAACACUCACUCACACCAAGAAGACGAUGGUUUCGUUUCGGUUCCCUUUCUCGUUUUCUCAGCCCCCGCGGGCUGCCACGUCAUUCUCUGGAUUCUCCGUUUCCGCCGUCGCAGUCUCUGUCACCGUUGGCGCUGCAGCAGCCGCCGGAGCUGCGAUCGCGGCGUCUCGUAAUCCCAGGCAUUCGAUUCUGGAGUGGGCCUUCUCCUCUCACCGUUCGUCUCUGCUGUUACCGUGGGGAUCUAUAACUCUAGCCGACUCUACCUCCGAAUCCGUUGUUGAACCCAAGACCGGUUUCUCUUUCCCCGCUUCAAUCGGAGAUUCCCGGCGAUUGCUCGGCGUCGGCUUGAGGAAGAAGAGCUUACUUGGAUUGAAGAACAUCGAUGUCUACGCCUUCGGCGUGUACGCUGAUUGUGAUGAUGUGAAGAAGCUUGUGGGUGAGAAAUACGCAAAUCUACCAGCUUCGGAGAUCAGGGGAAACAAGUCAUUCUUGGAUGAUCUCAUGCAAGCCGAUAUUAAGAUGACUAUAAGGCUCCAGAUUGUCUACGGCAAGCUCAGCAUCCGUUCCGUGCGAAGUGCUUUUCAAGAAUCUGUCGGUAACAGACUCAAAAAGUUCGGUGGUCUAGACAACGACCAGUUGCUUCUAAGCUUCACUAGCCUCUUCAAAGAUGAGUAUAAGAUUCCAAGAAACUCCACCAUUGAUUUGACAAAAGAACCAGGCCAUGUUCUCAGCGUUGCAAUUGAGGGAGACCAUGUCGGGAGUGUGAAGAGCCAACUCUUGUGUAGGUCAAUCUUAGACUUGUACAUUGGUGAAGAUCCGUUUGAUAAGAAUGCAAGAGAAGAUUUCCUUGACAAUGUGGCUUCUCUAGCCGUCGACAACUAAUUCACGGGAAGAAGAAGAAAACAAUGUUUGCUAUCUUUCUUAUCGGAUUCUCUAUACGACAUUAAUGUUGAGGAAUGUAUUUGUAAUAAAUUGCUGACUGGGAAAUGGUUUUUUUUGUUAGUCUAAAUA